AGACAACAGCAUUAGACUUCUCUUGCUAAUUAAAUCCCUCGACCCCUUCCCUAUGCAAAACCUUACUUCUUCUUCUUCUUCUUCUUCUUCUUCUUCUCUCACCUUUCAUGGUGGUGGUUGCUUUUUGUGCCACUGCUCUGUUCUUCGAUGGCCGGUGACGGUGACGAUGACGACGCUGCUAUUUUCCCCCUGGCAGAGUCUUUGGCCGGGGUCUCUCUCUCCCACGCGCCCAUUCUCUUCUUCGUUUGCUUCCACAAGGCCUUGCGUGCAGAACUUUCCCAGCUCCACCACUUGGCGGUGGCGGAGUCUGAGUCGGAGAGCGAGUCGUCACACCGGUGUGACGUCGUGGUCGAGCUUCGACGGAGGUUUGAGUUUCUGAAGCUUGUUUGUAAGUACCACAGUGCUGCGGAAGAUGAGAUUAUCUUUCUUGCACUAGACGUUCAUGUUAAAAAUGUGGCAUGUACAUAUUCUCUUGAGCAUGAAAGCGUUGAUGGCCUCUUUGAUUCUAUUUUUCAUUGCUUGGAUUUACUACUGGAGGACAAUAAUAACAUUUCCAACCAAUUUCAAGAGCUUGUAUGUUGCAUCUGCACCAUUCAGACCUCAACUUGCCAGCAUAUGCUGAAAGAAGAAGAGCAGGUUUUUCCACUGCUGAUGCAGCAAUUCUCUUCCAAAGAGCAGGGUUCACUUGUGUGGCAGUUCAUAUGUAGUGUUCCACUGAUGCUGAUAGAGGAAUUUUUGCCAUGGAUGAUCUCCUUUCUUUCUCCAGAGGAACAAGUAGAAGUUACUCUUUGUAUAAAAGAUAUUGUACCCAGGGAAAAAUCAUUGCAAGAGGUGGUGAUUUCUUGGCUUGGUAACAAUAAUCAACCCUCAUCUAAGGCUUACACUAGGAUUGGAGAAGCUGCUCAAUGUCCUGAUGCAUUUAAAAUGUUGCUUGGUGAAAACUGGAAUUGGAUAAAAGCUUGUAUCCAAACAGAUGUUGGACACAAUCCAAUUGAUUGCCUUAAUCUUUGGCAUGGCGCCAUCGGGAAAGAUUUGAAAGAAAUUCUGGAAGAGCUAUAUCAAAUAAGAAGCUCAAGCAGUUUUUCAAAUCUUGAUUCAAUAGUCAUCCGACUAACUUUCCUUGUUGAUGUCCUUAGCUUCUACAGCAAUGCCCAGAAGAAAUUCUUUUUCCCCACGUUAAAUCAACUUGCCAAUGGCUGCCUGUCUCCCUCUGAUGAACAAUUCCCCAAUGGAAGUUAUAUUGAAGGUCUACAGCUGCUUCUACAUCACAAUGUUCAAAAUGGUAUUCCUUUGUGCAAGUUUCUGGAUAAGCUAUGCAGGGAACUCGAAUCUUUCAUGCUAGGAGUUAGCAAACAGUUUGCCUUUCAAGAAACCAAGGUAAUUCCCAUUAUUAGAAAGAACUGCAGCCACGAAAUGCAACAGCGACUUCUGUACAUGAGCCUUAUUAUGAUGCCACUUGGGUUGCUAAAGUGCGUGAUUACUUGGUUUUCAGCUCACUUAUCUGAGGAUGAAUCCAGGUCCACUCUUCACAAAAUAAAGCAGGGAUAUUCUUUUGUAAAUAAAUCUUAUGAAUCCGUCUUAUGUAAGUGGUUUCAAAUAGGUUAUUCAGGAAAGACCCCUGCGGAAAAACUCCAAGAGGAUUUUCAAAAUAUUUUCAAGAGCAGAUGCUCUUUUCUAGCUGAGAAAAUUAAGGAAGCUUCUGGAUCUUCUUCCUUGCAUUCAAACAAGCAACUUCCUGAAGGAUCUAGCUCGAGACCAACUGAACUAAACUCAGCCAACAAAGACAGGAACUUCUCCAUUUCAUCUUCUAGCUCCCAUACAACUGAGCAGUAUGAGAUAUCAUACUCAAGUGGAAUUAAUAUCCACAUAUUCUUCCCUGGUGGAAUAGCGAUGGUGCAUCCUUUUCCUAAGUUUCCUGGUGAUAAGAGUUGUUCUAGUUCCUUUAUUGAUGAACCAAAACCAACGGAUUUCAUCUUUUUCUUCCACAAGGCUCUCAAGAAAGAUUUGGACUACCUUGUCUUUGGUUCAGCUCAGUUGACUGAAAAUGUAGGCCUCCUCAUGGAUUUCCGCCGGCGAUUCCAUCUCAUACGUUCUCUGUUUCAGAUCCAUAGUGAUGCAGAGGAUAAAGUUGCUUUUCCAGCUUUGGAGGCAAUGGGGAAAGUCCAAAACAUCAGCCACUCUUAUACCAUUGACCACAAACUGGAAAUCGAACACUUCAGUAGAAUAUCACUCAUUUUAGAUAAGAUGUAUGAAUUACAUUUUUCAAUUUCUGGUGUUGAUUCAAAAAUACAGGACCAGGAAAUGGUGAAGCAUCAUAAACUGUGUAGAAAGCUGUAUGACACGUGCAGAUCAGUGCAUAAAUUAAUCGCCAACCAUAUUCAUCGUGAAGAAGUUGAACUUUGGUCCUUAUUUAGAGAGAGCCUCUCUUUUGAGGAGCAAGAAAAGAUCAUAGGACGCAUGCUAGGAAGAAUAAGGGCAGAAAUAUUGCAAGAUGUGAUACCCUGGCUGAUGGAAUCUUUAACAGCCGAAGAACAACAUGCCAUGAUGUACCUGUGGCGCAAGGCUACAAAAAAUACAAUGUUUGAUGAAUGGCUAGGAGAAUGGUGGGAAGGAUGUGAUAAAACAAAGAUGUCAGAGGAAUCAAAUAUCUCCCCCUUGUCGACUGCAGAUCGAAUAGAGAUUAUUUCAGCAUAUCUAUCUAAAGAAGUCCUUGAUGAAGAAAAAGGAAGAACUGUUCCAGAAAAAAUCAGUGAUUUUCCACAAAAAGAUCAUGCUGAUGCAAAUGUUGAGCCAUUAAGAAACUUCAAUGAAGAUGAUAAAGAAAAGGUCCUCAAUAGAGAUAAAAAUAAAUGUUCCGAAUUUACGGGACUUUUCAGGGACAAAGACAAGAAGAAAUGCAAUGAAGUAGAAGGUGUCAUAGAUCAAAUUGAUAAAUCAGGUCAACUUUUUCAAGUACCAAAGAAUUCUGCACACUGUGAACGCCUACUAACAAUGAGUCAAGAAGAUCUGGACGCUGCAAUAAGAAAAGUAUAUCGUGAUUCUUCCUUAGAUUCCCAGAAAAAAUCAUAUAUAAUCCAGUUUCUGCAAAUGAGCCGUUGGAUUCUUAAACAACAGAUAUCUCACACAGUCUCAAGUGAUGGAAAAGAUAUUCCUGGUCAGAAUCCAUCUUAUGUGGACCCUCUCAAACUAACCUUUGGUUGCAAUCACUACAUGAGAAACUGUAAGCUUUUCGCUUCUUGUUGCAACAAGCUAUAUACAUGCAGACGUUGCCAUGAUGAGGUGGCUGACCAUUCUAUGGAUAGGAAAUCUAUUACAAAAAUGAUGUGCAUGAAAUGCUUGCAAAUUCAGCCAAUUGGGCUUACAUGCUCCACUGUUUCCUGCAAUAAUUUUUCCAUGGCAAGAUAUUAUUGCAAGAUCUGCAAGAUAUUUGAAGAUCAAAGAGAAAUCUAUCAUUGCCCUUACUGUAACCUGUGCCGAAUUGGGAAGGGAUUGGGCAUCGACUACUUUCACUGCAUGAAUUGCAAUGCUUGCAUGUCACGUUCUCUUUCAGUGCAUAUAUGCAGGGAGAAAUGUUUUAUGGAUAACUGCCCAAUAUGCCAUGAAUACAUCUUUACAUCCAGUUCUCCAAUAAAGGCCCUUCCAUGUGGCCAUUUAAUGCACUCAACAUGUUUUAAGGACUACACUUAUAGUCACUAUACAUGCCCAAUCUGCAGCAAGUCACUAGGUGACAUGCAGGUAUAUUUCAAUAUGUUGGAUGCAUUUUUGGCUGAAGAGCAAAUUCCAGAUGAGUAUGCAGGAAAAACUCAGGUCAUACUAUGCAAUGAUUGUGAGAAGAGAGGAGAAGCAACCUUCCAUUGGCUUUACCAUAAAUGCUCUUACUGUGGUUCAUACAACACCAGGCUUCUAUGAUUCUGUUUAGGAGUUAGUGGAAAUAAUUUUUUCCACAAGCUACUUUGUGUAGAAAGAUGAGCUUGUAUAAAUAAUCUAGAUUUUACCCCUUGGGAUUGGGUGAAAGUACUCUGAGAAACUUCUAAUUGUCCAUGAGAUUAUAGUAAUAAAAUUCCCUUUGCCA